AUGCCCCCGGGGAAGCACGACUACGACUUGAAGACCUUUUUCCCGCUAUUCUCGUCGUAUAUCUACCGUCUCGUCGACGAUGUCGACUCCCUGGUGUACACGACCAUGUCAGUGGUGAAGGAGUUUGCCGAGGACGGGGUCGUGUACCUCGAGCUCCGAACAACACCACGGGGCAUGCCAGACGCGGGCUUAGACAAGGCCGGCUACGUCACCGAGGUAUUGCGUGCAAUGGAGGAGGCGCAACAGGAGGUCCAGACCCUACGAGCUCGGCUGGUCCUCUCCAUCGACCGUCGCAAUACUCUGGAAGAGGCCCUCGAGGUCGUCACGCUCGCCAAGCAAUUCCAAGAUCGGGGUGUCGUGGCCAUCGAUAUGUGCGGCGACCCGGCCAAGGGCGACGUCUCCUUGUUCACCCCAGCUAUAUCAGAGGCGCGGGCCGCCGGGUUGAAGGUCACGAUUCACUUUGCCGAGGCCGAGUGCAGUGCGAGCCAGGCCGAGUUGGACACCAUCUUGAGCUGGUGGCCGGAUCGACUGGGUCACGUUAUCCAUGUGCCGGAACACGUCAAGCAGCAAAUCGCGGCUCGCAGCGGCAUCGGGCUAGAACUCUGCCUCAGUUGCAAUGUGCAUGCCAAGAUGAUUGUUGGCGGUUUCGAAGCCCACCACUUCGGCGAGUGGUGGCGGGUCGACGGCCCCGUUGUGGUGCCCUGCACCGACGACGUGGGCGUCUUCGGAAGCCCUGUUUCGAACGAAUGGAGACUGAUACAGGAACAUUUCCGCCUUGAGCACGAGCAGAUUCUGAGCCUGGCAAAGAAGGGCAUCAAUGUCAUUUUUGGAGGUGAAGAGGAGAAGGAUAGACUACGGAGGAUCAUGUGGUAG